AUGGCGGUCCUUAACGAGCUGAUUCUGCUUGGUCCUGGAAGUUUCAAGUGGGCUCUCCUCCUUGGAACUCUAGGCUUUGUUGCCCUCUAUUACAAACUUGCCUUGAGCCCUAAACGCGCCAGAUUGCCUGUCUAUAGCACACAUCCGGGCUGGUUUGGAAGCUGGUAUGACUCUCUGGACUAUCUCAGAGACAGCCCUGGUGUGCUGAAAGCCGGGUACGAAAAAUUCUCAAAAUAUGGCCACUUCUACCAACUUCGAACUCCCGUCCGAUGGGUCAUUGUCAUUCCACCAAAGUUCGUGGACGAGAUACGAACAGCACCACCAACACAUCUCAGCGCUAAGGAAGCAGCCAACGAUGUACAACAAGCAAAAUACACUGUUUCUCCCAUCGUCGAAGCAAACAAGUUCCAUUUCCAUAUUAUCAAGACCAACCUAACUCCAAGCCUAGAGCUCAAGGUCAACGAUCUACUGGAUGAGAUUAGUCUAGUAUUUCAUCAGGAAAUAGGAACUCCAGCCGGUAAUUUUUCCGACAGGCUCCUGCAUUACGCACCACUGAUAUGCUACUUUGCAGACUGGAAACCGGUUGUUAUGGCUCGUGCUGCUCAUCGAAUCGCGACACGUACGGCGAACAGACUUCUUGUGGGUGUACCACUGUGUCGAAAUGAGGAGUAUCUUCAGAUGUCCAUAAGGUACACUAUAGAUGUGUUCGGCGGUGCAGAUAAGCUGCGUGCCUGGCCAGACUUCCUCAAGUCAACGGUAACAUACUUCGUCACCAAUGUCGGGGAACGGCAGAAGGUAGCUCGCAAGCAUCUCAUACCAUAUAUCAAGGCUCGACUGGAGGACGUCAAGAAGCUCCAACACACAUCUCCCAAAAGCAAACCGGUAGACUCACUUCAGUGGGUCAUUGAUGCCGCCCCAAACGACCAAGAACGAGACCCGGAGCGGCUGAUGUAUCGUUUGCUUCAUCUAAACGUUGCGGCGGUGCAUACGACCAGCGUCACCUUUCUGAACUGUGUUUAUGAUCUCGCAUUGCAUACGGACAUCCAUUCGGAGCUGCGAGCGGAGAUUGAAAGCGCCGUGCAAACGGAUGGAUGGACCGCUCGAUCAUUGAGCCGGAUGCGCAAAUUGGACAGCUUUAUGCUAGAAAGUCAAAGAUUGGCUCCUAUCGCGAGUUCCCAAAUGACCCGAGCUGUCACCAAGGACUUCACAUUCUCGGAUGGCACCACUGUUCCCAACGGCUCAUACGUCCUAGUCCCGAUGCAUGCCAUGUACCUUGAUGAUACAAUAUAUCCUGAAGCCUCGAAAUUUGACGCUUUCCGAUGGUCUCGUCUUCGAGAGCAGCCGGGGACGAGAACCGGUACCAGUUCGUGA